GCCCACUCUGCAGCGUGCGGCACCCAGCCCGGGACUGUCCUAAUGGGACGCUGAGGCCCAGAGAGCGCCCAGGGUUUUCCCACCGCGGCCGGCCUGACAGCGACCGGCCCAACUCUGCGGCAGCCGUCGCUUCAGCGGACUGCGGGCCAGGCCCCACCGCCGCCCGGGCCCGCCCUCCGCCGCCCGGCCCCCGACCCCGCCCCGGCCCGGCCCCAGGGGACGGCCCUCUCUUCCCGCCCUCUUCCCUCUCCAGGAGGAAAAUGGCGGCCGCUGGAGCCGCCAACAGAGGAGCUCAGGGGUCUGUACCUUUCCCUGCCUGGCCGCUGGACGUUGGAGCCUCCGCCGAGUUGCAGACAACGCCCCCGGUGGGAAAUCCUUGUCUUCUCCCCACCACUGCAACCAGCGCUGCGCGCCCACCGCCCCUCGUCCUGGGCGGGGCCGGGGCGGGGCCGCGCGCGGGGGGGGGAGGGGGUGGGGCGCGGAGGGGCCGCGCGUGCGUAGAGAGGAUGUCUGAAAAUUUGCGUAGAGGGCGGGGUGGGGCGGGAAGAGCCGGUUCCGGGGCGGGGAAGAGGCGGGGCCAGGGCGGGGUGGGUGGUGUUUACGGCUCACAAAAGCUUUUUCCUGGUAUAUUUUCUGCAACAGCCUCUAGGUUUUAGAGAAUGAGAUCUUAAUCCUGGAAUUGGAAUUGCUCAGAAUUCGAAUUCCGAGCCUCAGUUUCUUAAUUCGAAAAGUGGGGAUUGGUGAUUGCCCUCUUCAUUCAUGAGUAUAUUGGGGCGGAUCAAGUGAGAUCCCGUUUGCCACAGUGCUUUGAAAAAGGAAAUCUUGACAGAAGUACCAUUAGCCAUAAUGGUAUAAAUACAGAGAAACAUUCACGUUCAACUGAUUACCGAGGAGAUGUGAAUUAAAAUAGAUGGCUGUCAUUUUCCAUGUAUUACAUUAGCAAGGAUUGACCAAAAAAAAAAAAAAAAAAGAUAGCUACCUGUCUCAGGUAGAUGGUGUUCAAACACAACAGACUGCAGAAGUUAAAUGAGUAUUUCUUCUGAAGAACCAAAGCCAAAAUAUAAUGAGAAUUUCUACAAUUAAUUUAAUUCCUUUCAUGCUAUAAAAGAGCAUCUCCUCUUCCAGUUUUCUAAAGAUUUCUUGACCAUCAUUUUGAAAAGAUUUAUUAAAACUAGGUAAAGACAACAGACUGGAUAGCUUUUCUGAUAAUUUUCAUCAGUAGAAAAAAAAUACUUCUCAUUCUUCAGUACUUUAAAAUGGCUUUUUCCAGUGUGCUCCUUCUUAGCAAAUCAGUGUUUUUCUUCAUUCUUUAAAAGACAAGAGCAUUUGGCUAUAAAAGAAAUGUAUUGACUAGACAUGUUUUUUUUUCACAUAAAUAUUUUGGUCUUAAAAGCUUAACAGCUUAAAAUGUGCCAAAAAAAAUUACCUUUACCAUGGAAUACUUGAAAAAUACAUACCUCUUUGCUCUAUAAGUAGACUCAAUGGGGAAAAAUUUAAGCCUGUUUUUUUAAAAUAGUGCAAGGAACUCUGUUUGUAGAGGCAAAUUAUAGGCAGAUUGCCAGGUUCUUAUAAAUACAAACUUGUACGUGGCCAUUCUGCAAACCCAGCUUUCAUAAUCUUGCAACUCCUUUUGCAAAAGCAUACUCAAAUGUUUUAAAAUGUGAAAAAAACAUUAUAUUCCAGGCACUAUUCUUACAGCUUCACAUUAAUUCCUCAUAAUAAGUGUGUAUAAUGUAUACGUGUGUAUUAUUAUCAUCCCCAUUUUCCACAUAUGGGUACAGAAGCACUGAAAAGUUUAGUGAGUUGUCUAGGGUCACACAGCUCCUAAGUGCUGGAGCAAGUAUUUCAGUUGGGAUUCAUAGGACAAUGACCUUAUCCAAAGUAAAGCCAUGUUUGGGUCUACUAUUUACUCCACUAUCAAACUAGUAUGAAUGAAAACAAUUGAUAGAUGCUAAGCAAGCAAUGAUCUCAGCCCAGGUGGACACUCUCGCACUUCCAGUCAAACUGUAAAUCGUUCCAGCCUUUCUGGAGGUCAGUUUAAUACUAGGUAUCAAAAGCCUUAAAAGUGAGCACAUCCCCCCAAAAAGAUAAAUACUGUAUGUUUCCAUUCAUAUGAAGUAUCUAAAACAGUCCAAGUCUAAGAAACAGAAAGUAGAAUGGUGACUGCCAGUGGCUGGGAGAGAGGGAAAAGAGGAAUUGUUUAAAGGGUAUAGAGUUUUAAGUUUGUAAGGUGAAAAAGUUCUAGAGAUCUGUUGCACACUUUUUAAAAUUUUAUUUAAUUUUAAAAAAAUAAAUGGGUCUUGCUCUGUCACCCAGGUUGGGGUGCAGUGGUGCAAUCACAACUCACUGUCACCUGGGCUCAAGCAAUCCUCUCACCUCAGCCUUCAAAGUAUCUGGAAAUACAGGCACACACCAUCAUACCUGGCUAAGUUUUUAAUUUUUUGUAGAGAUGGGUCUCACUAUGUUUCCCAGGGUGAUCUGGAAAUCCUGGGCUCAAAUGAUCCUCCCGCCUCAGCCUCCCAAAGUGCUGGCAUUACAGAUAUGAGCAAUUGCGCCCAGAUUUUCCAAAAUGUCUACAGUAAAUAUUUAUAUUUUAGCAAUCAGAGGAAAGUACAAUAAAUAUCUUUCUUUUUUUUUUUUUUUUGAGACAAGGUUUGGCUCUUUUGCCCAGGCUGGAGUGCCGUGGGGCAAUCUUGGCUCUCGGCAACCUCUACCUUCUGGUUUCAAGCGAUUCUUCUGUCCCAGCUUCCCGAGUAGCUGGGAUUACAGGCACCUGCCACCACAUCCAGCUAAUUUUUUUUUUUUUUAGUAGAGAUAUCGUUUCACCAUGUUGGCCAAGCUGGUCUCAAACUCCUGAAAACCUCAUGAUCCACCCACCUUGGCCUC